AUGCAAACUCUUUGUAACGACGAUUACGCUGGACAAACCGGUGGCCGCCGUGUGUCGCUUCCAUCGACAAACCUAAUUCAAAUCGUUCCAGAAUCACAUACUAUUCGCUCAUCUCCCUCAUUUUUAAUUUCUUCACAUCGCGCAUUUCGAUCAAAGAGAAUGGCAGCUUCUAGAGACCCGUGGGUGAGGGAGUACAAUGAAGCAGUCAAACUUGCUGAUGAUAUCACUAACAUGAUAUCCGAAAGGAGUUCAUUGCCCACGACAGGGCCAGAUUCACAGCGACACUCUUCUGCAAUUCGGAGGAAAAUUACCAUACUAGGAACUAGACUGGAUAGUCUGCAGUCUUUACUCUCAAAACUUCCGACAAAGCAACCCCUGACAGAGAAAGAAAUGAAUCGUCGCAAGGACAUGGUUGCAAAUUUAAGAUCAAAAGUAAACCAGAUGGCUUCCACAUUGAACAUGUCAAACUUUGCAAAUAGGGACAGCUUACUGGGGCCAGAAAUCAAGCCUUCUGAUGCCAUGAGUAGAACAAAUGGCCUUGACAACCAUGGCGUUGUUGGUCUUCAAAGACAAAUCAUAAAAGAGCAAGAUGAGGGCCUUGAGAAAUUGGAGGAGACAGUUAUGAGCACCAAACAUAUUGCAUUGGCAGUCAACGAAGAGCUUGAUCUGCAUACUAGACUUAUUGAUAAUCUGGACCAACAUGUUGAUGUUACAGACUCCAGAUUGCAGAGAGUGCAGAAGAGGCUUGCAAUAUUGAAUAAACGCACAAAAGCUGGCUGCUCCUGCUUCUGCCUGCUUUUAUCAGUUAUCGGGAUAGUCAUAUUGGUUGCUGUUAUAUAUAUGCUGGUCAAAUACUUGUAA